AUGCUGUCCCUACUUUCCACGCAGCUUGCUGGCCUCGAGCUGCUCCAAGACGGGCUGUCCGCUGUCGACUUCUACGACGCCGUUCCCUGCGGGCUCGGAGACACGUGUCAGUCCAUCUCACAAUCCCAGGGGGUGACCACGGCCUGGCUGCUUUGCAACAAUGGGCUGCCUGCCUUCUGCGCAGACUUCCCAACCAGCAGUAGCCUGUGCAUCCAGAACAGGUACGCGCUUUACACAGUCAAGGCCGACGACACGUGCCUCAGCAUCGCUAGCUCCAGGAGCCUCGCCCAGGUCCAGCUAACCACAUGGAACCCGAUUCUCGGCAACCUGUGCCGCUCCGUGAACAACUCCAUCGGUGACCCCAUAUGUAUGUCGCCGCCGGGGGAGCCCGAUUACAUAGUGCCACCGUACCCGAACACGACCACCAACUGUGCGCUUUACCACUUUGUCGUGGCGGGCGAGUAUUACAAUAAGCUGGUGGGCAAGUAUAGCAUUUCGUUGCCCGACUUUAUGUUUUUGAACCCUCAUGUCAAUGCCGGCUGCACGAACCUGUGGAAAGACACGUCCUAUUGUGUCAAGGCCAUCGGCUCCAUUGACGAGUACCUGGGGCAUCCCGACUACGUGUCUAGGACAACCUAUGCCACCGUUCCCUAUGGCAGCCUCGCUCGGAACCCUUCCCUGCCAGGAAACUCAAUAAGCUGCGCGCCCCAGCCCGGAUACCGCUACUGCAUGGCGCAGUGGGACGGUGCCAGCUUCACCAAGUCGCCCAAGCCCAUCGAAACGCCUACGCUGCUUCCUAUCCGAGUGAGGAACUCUACCGUCGGCGACCAGUGCCAGGGACUGUGGUCCGGAUAUCGUUACUGCAUUAGCAUUACGGAAAACCCCGACAAUGGCGAAGACCCGAGCCCCGCCACGAGUUUGACGGCCAGCAUAAGCAUAUGUGGUUUUUCCUAUCGCAUCGUCAACCUCAACAUCCAGUGCCCCAAGCCCAAGCCCGACACCGCCGGGUCCAACGCCAAGAGGGAAUCGCGCCAAAGUGCAAUAAAUGACACUAGGUAG